AUGGCGUCCGCCCCGCCCUACUUGAGCACUCUGCCAACCACAACCACCACAUACGACCAUACCCACUGGAAAACUCGGGAUCCCGUCUGCUCUCCCUUAGAUAAGCCAAUGAGGGCAGCUAGAAGAGCGGGAUCCCAGCAUGCGAAACAGUGCCCGGCUGCGCCCUGCCCUUGCACCGCCGUACUGUUCGCCAUCCGUAACUACUUCUAUCCGCCCACCCCUCCCCUGACUGGCCCCACUCCUCUCAGACCACAGUCACGUGACCCUUUGCUUUUAGUGGGGAGCUCACCUAUCUCAAAAACGCCGCCUUUCUGCACACUCUCACACACCCAACGUCGUACCCAGAAUGACGUACCCUCAAUGACGAUGGCCAUCACGGCUGAGCCUCCUGCGAAAGCUGAUAUGGCCAUGGACACAGAGACGGAGAUGGAGACGACUAUUCAUGCCUGCUUGGAAUUUGCUGUCCAACUUAUCCGUCGCAACAAUAAACCAAUUUCGCAUCAUAAUAAUAGAUUUGUGGCUGUAGAAGACAACAACGACCAUAAUCAAAAAUUUCGACUCAAGCCCUCUGCCUUCUGUUCCCUUCUCCAACGCCUCGAGACUGAUCCUCGCGUAUCCCUUGAACAUUUCAAUGUCGAGUACGACCCCGAGACGCGCCUCGCUCGCUUUAAGAUGACCCAGGGCCGUCUCCACGCCCUCGUCACCCAGAAAUUUGGCAAUCUCGUCUCGGACGCCGCCAAAACCACUUUCCCUCAGAUUGAACAACUUUUCGGGUGGCCAUCCGACUUCUUUCCCCCACCCUCCUCGUCAAACUCCCUCGACGGUGGCUCAGAGUCACCAGGCACCCUCCUCGACCCCCUAAGCUACAUUCCGCGUGUGGUCGCCGAGGUCGCCCACUCGAGCCCAACGACGUUGGAGGAGCUCGAGGCCAAAUGCGCCCGAUACAUCUCGUACACUCAUGGCAAAGUUCGCGCCGUAGUUGCAGUCAAGAUCCCCUACGACCGCCAGAACCCGCGUAACAUCGCCGGCACCAGACUCGAUGAUUGUCUUGUUGCCGUCUGGGUCUGGGACGUGAAGAACGAAAGGGUCAAGUGCGCGAUGAGCUGGGCGAGCGUCACUCGACUAAACGCCAACAUCACCCUGCGCCCGUGGCACUUUUCCGAUCCCGUCAGCAACAAGCGACAGGACAAGAGACGUGGUAGAAGGGGAGGCAAUAGAGCCGCGAGGGCCAGCUGUAUUCGUGUCCCUUUUACCGAAAUCAGAGAAAUCCUCCGCACAUCCAUUGAGUUUGCCUCCCGAGCCGCCUGA